UUAAUACUUGAAAAUGAUAUUAUUUAAUAUACUUUUUUCUUUUCCAGAUAUGGAGAUAAAAUUUUUCCUACUCUGUGUUGCCAUUCUAAAAGCAACUGCAGUCAGCGGUUGCCCAAUAGGCAAGGAGUUCAUCACUGCCUUCAUGCCUAAUUAUUUAGCUAAUAAUGGUCAAGCCAAACCCACACUCUCCAUCACAGCCCAGGAGUCCUUAGCUACUGUAACAGUUGAAAUCAAGGGGCUCAAUUAUAAACAAUCAGUAACUAUAGAGAAAGGCUCUACCAAAUAUGUCACCCUCCCAGACAAGGCUGAGAUUUACGAAGAUGGAGUCUCAGCCUUAACAGUGCUGAUUACCUCUAAUGCUGACAUCUCAGUGGUGUCCUCUCACAUCAAACCAUAUACUGGAGACAGCAGUGUGAUCUUCCCCAGUCACCAACUUGGAAAGAGCCAUGUAACCUUCACCCCAGAAGGAGGUUCCUAUAAUACGAUUGUGGCUAUCGUCAAUGGCAAGGAAGACAACACAAUUAAUAUUCUACCAUAUACAGACCUCCAGCUUAAAAGCAAGAUACAUUUGAAGCGAGGAUUAAAGAUGUCUCUUAGAUUAGCUCCUUAUCAAGUUUAUCUGCUUCGGAGUGACAAGUCCUUAACAGGAAUUCGGAUUGAUUCUCAGCUCCCUGUAGCCGUCCUGGCAGGACAUGAGUGCCUCAGCCUCUCCGAGACCUGUGAGCAUGUCUAUGAACAGCUGGUGCCAAUAGAAUUGCUCUCUGAUGAGUACCUAGUCCCUGCCAUGCACCCCUUGCUUAUUAACCAGGACAGAGCCCAUGUUGUUGCAACUGAGGAUAACACUGAUGUCACGGUUUAUCAUGGUCUAUUCACCCAGCACAAGUCACUUCUUUCUGGAGAGCUUCUAAAUGUUUUUAUUAAUUUGCCAACAAUAAUCCGAAGCAAUAAAAAGAUCAUGGUGAUGUAUUCCAGUACCAACGUCCCCUAUGAUGAGUUCUUGACUAACAUAAUUCCUGUAUCACAGAUGUCCAAUUCGUGGACGGUUUAUGCACAAGAUAAUUACAAGAACUUUGCUGUUGUUGUCUCAGAGGUGACGGAAAGUAAAUCUCUUUUUGGUUUCUUGAAUUGGAAUGUUUUUCCCGCAAACAAGAAGUAUUCAUGGGCUAUUAAAUCACUUGGUGAACAAAAAGGCCCCGUAACCAUAUCCUCGAACUCACCACAGGCGGUCUAUGUUUAUGGUGGGCAAAUAAGACAUGGCUAUGCCACAACAGGAGUGUGCAAUGUUCCUUCUCCACCACCACCUCCGAAAGAUCCCUGUGAAUCUGUUAAAUGCCGUUGGAGAGAGGAGUGCAGGAAGGGUGUCUGUGUCCGUGUUGACACAGCAACAUGUUGGGCUGUCGGGGAUCCCCAUUACAGAACCUUUGAUGGGAAACUAUAUGAUUUCCAGGGCACCUGCACCUACACCAUGGCCACUAAUGUGAAAACUGAGAAUGGCCGUGUCCCCUUCACAAUUUUGGCAAAGAAUAAUCGCAGAGGGAGUAAUUUGGUGGCCUAUGUGAGGACAGUAUCAGUCAAUGUGUACAAUCAUACAAUAGUUGCCAGCAAGCAAAUGGGUGUAGUUGAGGUGGAUGGUGAAAUCACUCACUUGCCUGUACGUCUAGCUCAAGGAAAGAUAGAAGUGGUGCAAAGUGGUUGGAAUGCACUCAUAACAACAGACUUUGGUUUAGAGGUGAAAUAUGACUGGAACAUGAUGCUAUACAUAACAAUGCCCAGCACCUACUUUGGGUCAGUUGGUGGACUUUGUGGAAACUAUAAUGGAGACUGGACAGAUGAACAGUCAGACGCCAAGGGAAUGAAACUCUCCACUGUCGUGGAGUUUGCCAAGAGCUGGAAAGUUUCAGACAAUGACUUGUUCUGUCGUGAUGACUGUGAGGGCAAGUGCCUCCUCUGCCCACCUGACUUAAAAGAAAAAUAUAAUGGAGACAAUUACUGUGGUCUUAUGGCAAAAACAAAUGGGCCAUUUGCAAACUGCCACAAGAUUGUUGACCCAAGUGUAUACGUAGACAAUUGUGUGUAUGAUGUGUGCAUCAAUAAAGGCAUCAGAACUUUCAUCUGUGAUAACAUGCGAACCUAUGCUGAGGCUUGCAUGGCAGCUGGAGUGAAGAUCGAUCCCAACUGGAGGAUGCUGUCUGAGUGCCCAUUGCAAUGCCCAGUAAACAGUCACUAUGAGCCUUGUGGAACCGCAUGCGCUGCCUCCUGUGCGGAUCGAGAUGCACCAAGCAAAUGUGAAAAGCCUUGUGUGGAGGGCUGCCAGUGCAAUAAUGGUUUUGUCCUCAGUGGAGACAAAUGUGUGGCACUAGCACAAUGCGGCUGUACCUAUGAGAACCGUUAUUACCCUCCAGCUGAGAUAUUCUGGAGUGACCAGACAUGCACUAAGAAAUGCUCCUGCAACUCAGGACAGGUCAAUUGUACACCGACAAAGUGCAAGGCAUCCGAAGUGUGUGAAAUCCAGAAAGGUGUGAGAGAUUGCUACCCACUAUCCUACGGGCACUGUAUGGGCAGUGGAGAUCCCCACUAUUUAACCUUUGAUGGGAGGCGCUUUGAUUUCCAGGGUACUUGCACAUAUUACCUUUCUAAGCUGGUCAACACAUCUGACACUUCACUGGUGCCCUUUGAAGUUCUUGUCAAGAAUGAAAACAGAGGAAUGAAUAAGGUUGUUUCCUUCACCAAGACUGUGGAGAUAAAAGUUUUUGGCUACACCAUUAUCAUGAGUAAAGACAAUUAUGGUAAAGUGAUGAUCAACAACCUGUUUGUCAAUUUGCCAUUUGAGAAAGAGGGCGGUCAGCUAUCCAUAUUCCGCAGUGGUUACUUUGGAGUGGUUAAAACAGACUUUGGAAUGAAUGUGAGAUUUAACUGGGAUAGCUACGUUGAAAUCACUCUCCCCAGCACAUACAGUAACCUGGUAGGGGGUCUCUGUGGUAACUGGAAUGGGAACUUCAAUGAUGACCUGAUUUUCCCAAACAAAAGCAUUACAACAAAUCCUACUGCAUUUGGAAACAGCUGGAAAGCCAGAAAUGACCCUGAUUGCUCAGCAGAGUGCAUAGGCCAGAAGUGUCCCAAAUGUGAUGCUGCGGACAGGAACAAGGAUGUUUUCACGAAACCUUGUAGCCUGAUUACAGAUGCAAAUGGCCCAUUUAAAACAUGUCACAGCCAAAUCAAUCCCACCAAGUUCUAUGAAGACUGCGUGUAUGAUAUGUGUAUGUAUGGUGGUCAUUCUACAGCCCUCUGUAGUGCACUUACAGCCUACACAGCUGCAUGCCAGACAGCACACAGCAUUGUGGAGAAAUGGAGAACCGAUAGUUUCUGUCCUGCAUCCUGCAAAGCUAACAGCCACUAUGAUGUGUGUGGUGCUGGAUGUCCCCAGACCUGCAACGGCUUCACUGAGCCCGCGGCUUGCCAGCGUGCACCUUGCAUCGAAGGUUGUGUGUGCGAUGCCGGAUUUGUCCUGAGCAACGGAGAGUGUGUGCCAAUGGAUCGAUGUGGAUGUGCAUAUGAAGGCCAGUACUAUAAACUGGGCCAAGUCUUUUACCCCAAAGGCAUGUGCAGCCAGAGAUGUGUCUGCGAGGAACAAGGAAAAGUCACAUGCAAAGAUGAUUUCUCUUGCGGACCUAAUGAGAAGUGUGAAAUCCAUGAUGGGGUUCAAGCUUGCCAUCCUGAUGGCAAAGGAUCUUGCUCAGUCUCUGGUUCUGGGAACUAUCACUCAUAUGAUGGGAAACAAAUCAGUGUGAAAGGGGACUGUGUGUACAAACUGGUAGAAACAGUCCAGAUUGCAGAUCAGAAGAAGAUGCCAUUCAGUGUGACAGUGCAGCAAGUAUCUUCUACAGUUGUGGUCACAAGAAGAAUCAACAUAAAUGUAGCCCAAUAUAAGAUUGCCCUGAUUCCAGGACUUCUGUGGGAAAUAAGGGUGGAUGAAGUUAAAGCUCUUCUCCCAGUAAAACUUGAAGAAGGACUGGUGAAGGCCUAUCAGAGUGGUGCCUUCAUUAUCUUGGAAACCUCUUUUGGAUUAAAGGUGACCUAUGACACUGUGUCAAUAGCCACUGUUGAAAUCCCUUCCACUUACAAAAAUGCCGUACAAGGUCUGUGUGGUAAUUAUAAUGAUAACAAGGCAGAUGACUUCCUAAUGCCAGAUGGUAAUCAGGCUUCCUCUGCUGAGAAAUUUGUGGAAUCUUGGUCAGUGAUUCAGGAAGGAGUGAUCUGUCACACAGGGUGUCCAACAGGUUCCACAUGCCCAGGGCCUGAAACAGGAGGUCAAACAGAUAGAGACAAUAAAUGCAAGAUCCUAACUUUGGACAAAGGCCCAUUCUCGAAUUGUUAUUCCAAAGUUCCACCUUCACCAUUCUACGAUACGUGUGUAAAGGAUGUUGCAUCACAGCCAGAGGAUAAGACACUUGUUUGCCGCCAUGUCCAAAACUAUGUGGUUCAAUGUCAGCAAGCUGGUAUCUCCAUCAGCAGCUGGAGGAAUGAAACCUUCUGUCCAAUGACCUGUCAUGAAAAAAGUCACUAUGAGCUAUGUGCGGACACCUGCACAUCAACUUGUGCCAGCCUUAACGAGGCACCUAGUUGUCCAGAGUGUCUUGAAGGCUGCCAGUGUGAUGAAGGCUUUGUCUUUGAUGGAGGUGACUGUAAGCUUGUAGAAGAUUGUGGUUGUUUGGUGAAAGGAAGAUAUUACAAGUCUGGGGAAUCUGUAGUCAGAGGAGACUGUAUUGAGAAGUGCACCUGUAAGGCUGGACAGUUUUCAUGUCAGUCCAUGAACUGUGGGGAAGAUGAGGUCUGCCUCAAACCCAAUGGCGUUCCAACAUGCAUACCUGAUCCUUGCAGGAAGAAACAAUGUCGUGAGAAAGAGCAAUGUGUGGAGAGAGACAACGCAGCAGUGUGUGUACCCACCUCUAGGGCUUCGUGCCGAGUUAUUGGAGACCCGAACUAUGAAACGUUUGAUGGAAGCAGGUUUUCUUUUCAAGGCACCUGCUCUUACAUUAUGGUUAAGACGUCAGGCGAAGACAAAAGCCUCACAGAGUUCGCCAUCAUUAACAAGAACACACUCUCCCAGAGUGCACGUGGGACUUACGUAAAGACAGUCACCAUAAAGUUCCCAGGCCACGAAAUCGUCAUUAUUCAACAAGACCGCAACAAAGUGAUAAUUGAUGGUAAUGAAUCCACCCUGCCUGUGAGUCUGGACCGUAUCAGGAUAACUCAGUCAGGAAUAAGGGGAAUCCUGGAGACAGACUUUGGUUUGGUGGUCACGUUUGACUGGGGCGAGUUCCUCAUGGUGACAGUGUCCAGUAGCUACUUUAAAAACCUAGUGGGCAUGUGCGGAACCUAUAACGACAACCGCAACGAUGACUUUGUCACACCAACAGGCGUUGCUGCCAAAGGCAACACGGAGUGGGGGCAGUCAUGGAGCGUUCCCGACAAUGACCCCAAUUGCUGGCACUUCCCCUCAUGCUCUGAAGAGGAGAAGCGCCAGUACAGUGGCCCGAAGUUCUGUGGUUUACUGGAAGACAAAACCGGGCCUUUUGCUAGCUGCAACAAUACAGUUCAUUUGGGGCACUUUACAUACAGCUGUCUCUUCAAUACAUGUCUCACUCACGGAAACCAUGAUGCCUACUGCAAUGUCAUGACCUCUUAUGCAAACACCUGCAAGUGGUCAAACACUGACGUUUCAGCACAGUGGAGGCAGCUUACCAACUGCAAGCUGGACAAAUAAUCAAGAGGAAGGAGUCAGAGACUUAUGAUGUUCAACGGUGAUUAAAGAAAAGAAUCAAUCUACUUUCCUGCGAUUUUUAAUCAAUGUCAUACAGAUAUAACUUCCGGGCAACUGUGGGCAACUUCCAGGCAACUGUUUUAUCUAAUGCAAUGAAUGAAUGAAUUAAAUAAUUAAAUAAUUAAUUAAUUAAUCAAUCAAAUUAAUUAAAAUGUCAUUUUGAUGACACUUUUGCUUGUUCUUUUUCCCUUUUGUUGAAUGCUUGCAAGAUUUCAGUGAAUAAAGAUGACUAUAUAACUAU